CUUAUAGCAGUCCUUCUCUACUGCUCAUGAGGAGAGUUUAGGUCAAUAUCUGCUGUAGAGAUGAAGAACCAACAUGCAUUUAUACUGGUCUGUUUCUGCUCUGGUUUGUUCAUUACAUGGAGAACAUGUCACCUUACAUUCCAGCAAAUUAGACAGGAAACAACUGGCUCUUUAAUGCUGAGACGUCAGCUGUGUGAAAGACUGAGGGCGAAGUAUGCUUCAAUCAAAGCAAUAAAACUAACCACACAGUUUUCAAAUGAUAUGAAGGAACUCAUGAGCUGCCCCUGGAAAACAAACAUAACUCACAAAGAGCGCUACAGGGUUGAACUGUACUCCAGUUGCAAUGCCACUGAUGAGCUGAUUCUGACAAAGCAAAACACGUUCCUGGGUCAGAACGUUACUUACGAUGGGGAGAGAAGAAUCAGGGUGGUGGACAAGUCGAUGCUGAAAAUGCUCCCUGAGAGUACCCCCUGGAGGACUGGAGGUCUACUUGGGCGCUGUGCAGUCGUUGGGAAUGGUGGGAUUUUGAAGAACAGCAGUUGUGGUUCUAUGAUUAAUAAGGCUGACUUUGUCAUAAGGUUUAAUCUAGCUCCCAUCAUAUUAAGCGAAGAUAUAGGGGUGAAGACAAGUCUAAUUACAGCCAACCCCAGCCAGAUCAAACGCAGCUACCCAAACAUGAAGAAGCAUCGCCAUCGCCUGGCAAAUCACUUGUCUUUGUAUGGAGAUGCCCCCCUUCUCAUGCCCGCGUUUGCCUAUAGACUCUGCACUGGCAUCUCCUUCCAAGUUCACCAAGCCCUCCUCCCACUCCGCCCGCAGCAGAAGGUAGUUUUCUUCAACCCUAACUAUCUGCGGGAGCUACACCUUUACUGGCGGCAGAGGGGCCAACGGGCCUUGCGUCUCUCCACAGGGUUAAUGCUGGCGAGCGUAGCCCUGGAGCUGUGUGAGGAGGUGCACCUUUAUGGGUUUUGGCCCUUCAGUGUUGACCUUUCCCAGCAAAAAUUGUCGCACCACUACUAUGACAAUGUUGGGCCCCGUCAACGUGCACAUUCUAUGCCUCGUGAGUUCCUCCAGCUGCUGAAAAUGCACAGUAUGGGGGCAAUAAACCUACACAUUGGGAAAUGCCAGUGACACUGCCUGAUAUUUGCUGGACAGGAAAUUUGUAGAACAACAGAUUAUCUAAGUACUGUUUAGAAUCUUGCUGUUGUUUACCUGAUUGCUGAAAAACUUCACUCACCUGCUGCUGCUGUCUCCACCCUAAAUGAACUCAUUAGCAAAAUAAUUAAUUAAUUAAUUAUUUGACAUGCAAUGGAAGUCAAAAUGGACCACUAAUAUUGUCUAACCAGUCACAUCAAUUCAGUGAAGGUAGGUUUAAUGUGAAAGCAGUGAUUUAAAUAUGAGGUAUAAGGAAGUAAUCAAAGACCAAGAGGCAUGUGGCAAUGU